AAAAGUUUCUGGUGGUGUGUAUUAUGAUGGUGGCAUUCUCUCUCGUGUCCACAACUAUAGUACUGAGACUGUACCACACAGAACCGCGACACAAAAUACCCUCCUGUAUCAAGCGGUUGAACGAGAAAGGAAUUCUCCGGGGUAUAUCCAAUUUUGUUGCCGCAACUUUCCGACUGCUCUUAUCUUGUCUGGGUUUUUACAACGGACAAACCUCUCCUGGACCUCAUCAACUCAAAAGUAGUCGGAGAAGUUCGGUGAAGUACAGUCGGCGAACGCCGAGCACCGACAGGUCGGGGCAGCUCCUGCUCGAGUCGAAGCUGUCCGCGGGAGUGUUCUGUCACCGGGAAGACUGCAAUGGUCUCGUGUCAACGGCAACCACGUAUAAGUGUGCAAGACCUGGUCUUGUUACGAUGGCUCAGGAUAGGAUAGGAAACGACUUUGACUCCUUCAAAGAAAACCCCUAUACCGCAAAUGACAGUGUUCCUAAUGGAGGAAUAUGCUCAAAGCAGACCAACGGAAAAACGAGCUUUGAAGGGGAACUAAAAAACGAAAAAGCUUCUACCAAUCACAGUUUUGGCAGGAAGAGUUCUGAAGGGACCACUGAGAGGACGCUGUUUCAGAGCGACAGCCUUGCAAACAACGAAGUUAGAUCGCACUCUCUGUCAGAAGCACUGGAUAAACUUCGCAUUUCACUCGAAAAACUGGACUCUCGAAAGCGCCCCUUGAAAACAGAUUGGAUGAAACUUGCCGAGACUAUAGACAAGAUCAUGGCUAUCACGUACAUCACUAUUUAUUCCAUGACUCUGACCUAUCUCGUUCUUGCUCUGAAACCUGCUAUCUAUUUGCCAUGAUUCAUCUUCACCGCCAUCCUAAUCGUCCUCAAAUAUCGCCUGUCGCCAUAUAUUUUUAUUGUAGACUUAUAUUCGUUUCAAUUAUUAGAGUUUCGCACCCAUAUCUUGCUAUUCAUUUUUAAAAAUGCGCGAGUGAAUAUUCACAUCAAUAUUACUCACCGCAAACUUUCAUAAUUGCUUGAAGCUAGGGCUGAUUCAGGGGGGACGCUCCAUUCCCCUUUGGUCGAUCAAAAAAAAGGUCGACAAAACCUUCUAAAACUUUUUUGAAAACUCGACCCUUCCUCGAUAAAAACCUAAAUCCGCCCCUGGCUGGAAGCAAACAUGUUCUAUAUAUUAGCUCUAUUCAAGUAGAUAUAAUUCGCUGUUGGGACAUAAGAAAAAUUGAAUACACACAUGAUAUUUUCCUAAAUAAUAAAUAAAUUUUUCUGUCAUCA